GCUUUCCGUCGGCACCGCAUACUCUCUUCUCGAAAACCGCUCUUUGCUGGUAUAUCGUACCCCCUCGAGAAGCUUCCUGCCUUCUUUAUUGAUCGGCAUCUUUCACACUCUUUGCUUCGACCAAAAAGCAACAAACAUGUUCGGCCGUCUCUUCCUCGCUACCCUCGCGCUUUGCGCUGCCGUCUCGGCUGCCCCCACCGCCUCUAACGAGACCGAGGUGCUUGACAAGCGCACCACCCAUACUGGCCAAGCCACCUACUUCUACGUCGGUCUCGGCGCCUGCGGCUAUACCGACACGGACGACGAUGCCAUCAUCGCCAUCUCGUCUGACAUCUAUGGCUCCGGUGGCAACUGCAACCAGUGGAUCAAGAUCACCAACACCGACAACGGCAACGUCGCGUACGGCAAGACUCGUGACUCUUGCCCCGGUUGCGACUCGACCAGCCUCGACCUGUCACCCAGCUUGUUCAAGCAGCUCGGCGAUCUCGACGACGGUGUCCUCCCCAUCAAGUGGCACUUCAUGUCCAAGGAGUGGUCGAACUGAGCGCUUGCUCAGCCGCCUUCCGCCACAGCCAGAAAACGCUCCACCAGAGCGAACCCUUGCUCGCGUUCUGCAUGUCCGCGCAUAUUUAUGACUCCGUCUGGGUGCAGAGCGCCUUCCUACUGGAGUCGUUUUGACGCCGCCCGCUCGGUCGGGAUACUUAGAGGCGCCAUCUUGUUGUGACAACAUCGCACAUCGCAGCUGUAUUUUUGUCAUCAUAGAGCGACGAUGAGACUGUCGAGAUGUAGCAUUAGAUAGACAGCCGACGAUGCUCUCCGCUAGUACGGGGAUGCUUGCACGUUGUACCACUACAUGUAGAUCCUGUACCUGGCACAACAGCAGACUAUUCGAUACACAUCGUGACUGUCGAUCUAACAGCCCACGCCUU